AAUGAAUUGCGCUACUAUUUUCAAAAUUGUAUUGAUAUUUGGUGUCAAAUACACAUAUCUUGGUAUAUUUGAAGUCCCAAAACGGCUUAGUUUCAGAAAUAUCCCAAAUUUAAAUUCAAAAAUAACCGUUAGCUCCGCACCCUCCGCUCAUUUGCUCCGCACCCAAUAUUUCCCACAGGCUCUGUCUGCAUAGGGUGAUAUAGAAUGAUAUAAUAGAUGACUCAUUCAUAGCUGAAAAAGCAUCAUUGUUACCAUGCACAAUGGAAAAAUCAGAAAAAAUGUUAAGAAAACUGACCAAAAAGUAUGAAAUAUCCCAAGAGGAGUCUGUAAUGUAUAAGAAGGAGAAGAAGAAAACAAAGAAAUGCAGUGUUACAGUUCAGCCCUGUGAUGCUACUCAUUGUGAGGAUCCAUGUAAAAGUACUUUCAAAACACUGGAUGACAUAAGAUCCCUCAUUGAUAAAAACAAUAAAAUACUCCAAAGCAUCUCGAAACUGAACAACAAAUAUUACGCUAAUAAAAUAAGGGGUCGGGAAAGGGCUAAAACCAUGAGACUCAAGUCAAACAAGAGGAAAUCUAUGAGAAUAUUAAGAAAUCAAAAAAUUGUGCAUUGUUUUCUUGUAAACUCAUAUAGGCAAUCAAGUCGUAAACAAGGUAGAAAGUGUGUGUGUGAAAAAUGUACAAAUAACCCUGAGUCUGAUUACCACCAUGUUUCUGACAAUGUUUGUUCAGUUAGGCAAACUGGGAGAUAUAACCCAACAAAAUCACUGCCAUGUACAUCAACUGAUACCACUGCAUCUGACAUUUUUUACAGGAAGAUCACAUGGUU